GGCGCCUUGAACAACAACAAGAAGAAGACGAAGAAGAAGAAGAAGAAGAAGAAGCCGCACCAAUGGGAGUAGUAGAAGAAGAAAAGGGAGAAGCUUGUUUGUGGCUAACAUUUUAGCAUCAACGAGUGUAAACAUUUUCCCUCAACGCCCAACAAGAUGAACCAAUGCGGCGAUGUCGACUCGUAUGAAAUCGAGGAGCCGAGCGACGAGGAGAGAGCAGCUAGCAGUUCGGAGGACGAGCUCGACGUGCUGCUGAGCGGCACUCCGGAGCAGAAGAAGAAGCUGAUUCGAGAGUACCUGACGGGCGAGAGCGAGUCGUCCAGCGACGACGACUUUGAGAAGGAGAUGGAGGCCGAGCUCAGCUCCACCCUCAGGACUUUGGAGGACGGCUGGGCCCCCGCCCAUGCUCGUGCAGGAGGAAGCGGAGGUGACGGUUCCACGCUCGCUAACCCUGCCAAACCUCAGAUGUACGACAAGAUCUACUUUGACUCGGACUCUGACGAGGACGUCGAGCCCAGCGGUUCGGCCAGGCAGCGGCGUCUGGCCCGGCGCCGCGUCCCGACCAACGACGAGCUGCUGUACGACCCCGACGAGGACGAGCGAGACCGGGCCUGGGUGGACGCCAGGCGACGCGUGUACCAAGGCCAACGCCCGACGACGUGCGCCCGCUCGCCGCACCCGCGACCAAAAAGUCUUCCCAGCAGCGACGCCGUCCUCAACUGUCCGGCGUGCAUGACCACGCUGUGUCUCGACUGUCAGCGGCACGAAAAGUAUCGAACGCAGUACCGCGCCAUGUUCGUCAUGAACUGCAGCGUGAACAAGGAGGAGGUCCUGCGCUACAAGACGCUCGCUGCGAGGACGCCGCGGAACAGGAAGGGCAAGACGACGACGGCGCCCGCAGGGAUGGACGCGGGUCCGGAUGAGCUUUACCACCCGGUGCAGUGCUCCGAGUGCUCCACAGAGGUCGCCGUGCUGGAUAAGGACGAGGUCUACCACUUCUUCAACAUCCUGUCCAGUCACUGCUGAACUUUUGUUUUCAUGGACAACAAAACUCCUGACGGGACUUCUGAAUUGUUCCGAAAGCCACCCUCAUUACUCAUACUUUAAAAAAAAACAUUAUAUAUAUAUAUAUAUA